AAAGGAACCAUUCAUAAACUACACAAACCCAGCUUAAAGCUGAGAGUGGACGAAAAGUAAGAGGGGGGCGCAGAGGAAGAGAGAAGGAUGAAGAAGAGAUGAAGGCUCCAAAGCGCUGUUUUUUAGCCUUUCCCAUCGGAUGCUGACCCACAACCUGAAUAUGUGUCACUGGAAGAGCUCAUGAGUUGGACUGAUUAUUUAGCAGGCUGCUACGUUUCAUCCCUAUCCGUUUCCUCCUCCUCACACUGACGUCUAUCCGCUGCUGAAGCCAGAAAGAAGAAAAAAGAAAAAAAACUUUGAUUACACAUUUUUCCUGCACUGGAAGCUUUUGCCUCUGGCUUUACCGGUAAGCGUUGGAUCCGUCAACUUACUGCGACUCUCCGGUGUACAGCCCGGACCUCUGCCCCAACAUGAUCGCAACACAAGCAAAGCUGGUUUACCAGCUCAACAAAUACUACAACGAGAGGUGCCAAGCGCGCAAAGCGGCCAUUGCAAAGACCAUAAGGGAGGUUUGCAAAGUGGUGUCAGAUGUCCUGAAGGAGGUGGAGGUGCAGGAGCCGCGCUUCAUCAGCUCCCUCAGUGAGAUAGACGCGCGUUAUGAGGGGAUGGAGGUCAUCUCCCCGAAUGAGUUCGAAGUGGUGCUUUAUCUCAACCAGAUGGGGGUCUUCAACUUCGUGGAUGACGGCUCUCUGCCCGGCUGCGCGGUGCUGAAGCUGAGCGACGGCCGCAAGAGGAGCAUGUCUCUGUGGGUGGAGUUCAUCACCGCCUCCGGCUACCUCUCAGCCCGGAAGAUCCGCUCCAGGUUUCAAACUCUGGUGGCGCAGGCCGUGGAUAAAUGCAGCUACCGCGACGUGGUGAAGAUGGUGGCCGACACCAGUGAGGUUAAACUGCGGAUCAGGGAGAGGUAUGUGGUGCAAAUCACCCCCGCCUUCAAGUGCACCGGGAUCUGGCCUAGGAGCGCAGCGCAGUGGCCCAUGCCCCACAUUCCCUGGCCGGGACCCAACCGGGUGGCAGAGGUCAAAGCGGAGGGAUUUAACCUCCUGUCCAAAGAGUGCUACUCUCUGACCGGGAAGCAAAGCUCCGCGGAAAGCGACGCCUGGGUGCUGCAGUUCAGCGAGGCCGAGAACAGGCUGCUGAUGGGCGGCUGCAGGAAGAAGUGUCUGUCCGUCCUGAAGACUCUGAGGGACCGGCACCUGGAGCUGCCGGGACAGCCGCUCAACAACUACCACAUGAAGACCCUGCUGCUGUACGAGUGCGAGAAACAUCCCAGGGAGACGGACUGGGACGAGUCCUGUCUGGGAGACCGACUAAACGGCAUCCUGCUGCAGCUCAUAUCCUGUCUGCAGUGCCGCAGAUGCCCGCACUACUUCUUGCCAAACUUGGACUUGUUUCAGGGAAAGCCUCACUCAGCCCUGGAGGCUGCAGCGAAGCAGACUUGGAGACUAGCGAGGGAGAUCCUCACCAACGCCAAAAGCUUGGACAAAUUAUAGAACAUUCUGGGGAUCAAAUCUAAGACUUCUCACACUCCAACCGAGUCUCCAAGAAAUGUGAAAAAAAGAAAAAAAAAGCGGAGAAAAAUUUGGUCCACUGCCACAGAAAGAAUUGAAGGUACAGAUUUCUGCUACAUGUAAUACAUUUGUCUUCUUUAAAUGUUUUCACAAAGUGAAGAACCUUUUUAUUUAAAUAUAUGCACAAACUCGUUAAGUGGAAGAACAGGAUUGUAGUGUGCCAAGUUAAUUUUUUUUCCUCCAUUAUGUGACUUUAGAAGAAAUGUUAAUAAAAUGUUGCAAAUUAAA